CCGCCAAUGGCCCACCGUUUCUUAGACACCACUUACCUCCCACCUCCGUCGCCGUGUACUGUCCAUUCCGCUCUAUGCCCGUUCACACCUAAGACCACCUCGUCGACAGAACAGCCAAACUAGCAGGCCAACAACUGUGGUCGGGUGCGCCACGCCUUCUCAGUCAGUGGUCGCGUCGCGCACGUCAGAGUCCACCUCUCUGGCUCGGCCUUCCUCCACGUAUGGCGAAGGGUAUCUGCGCAAUCAUUCCGAGUGACGCGGCGAAUCCCGCCGUCGACGAACCCAUUCCGGCAUACGCUCAAGCGUGGGACCCAACUAUACGACGCCCCACCCAUCUGCCAGAGGAUUACGACGAGCGCAUCGCCCCCGAGUACAUCUUCUUCCUUCCUGCUGGCCCUGAAGAAACUGCGGAUGGCUUAACCGAGGCUGGAGUGUACGUAGUCGCGAGGAAGUGCGACCACUGCGAACGGCUUAGGAAGGCUUGUACGCGUGCACGACCUACGUGCCAGAUGUGCCACGCAGGGAGACACGACUGCGUAACAUCGGACCCAGGCUACGUACACCUUUCAGGACCGAAAGGGACGCGACCGAGCCGCGCAAAGGGCGGCGUGACAGUGCCGCCUGCACGGCACAGCAUCCCGAAGACGAAGACGUCGGCACGCGCGCAGACAGAGGACGCGCCUAUCCCAAGGGCUACUACUCACCCGAGGUUGCGCACGCUGAGGCAGCGUUCUACCACUUCCUCUCGUGAAUCACUACAACCACCAGACUCCCGCACUCCGUCUCCUACCCUUUCCGAGGAGCUUCCAAGGCGAGCUAAAACGGCGCCGCACGAGAACGAAGGUAGACACCACGACAACUUAGUGCCGUCAAUGCGCGAUACCAAACCUAACAAGAAGCGAAAGGCUAAACCCGCCGAUGGCCCGUCGCGGUCGAAGAAGAGCAAGGUGGAGACGAGCGCAUCCGGGGGCAGGAAAGCUUCGGGUGCGCGCAAGAAGAAGCGUCCUGCUGGCCACAUCCUAUCUACGAACGACAAGCCCGAUGCAAAUCCAACAUGGGUCGUUGUGCCACCGACGUCGGGGCCGACAGACGCUUCCCCAACUCUCGUUGAGCCACACGCGCGACCCCGCAUCUGGGCUACUAGCAAGCAAGAACUGCUGGAGGUACAUCCGGCCCUGAAGAACGAGGUCAACGGGGUCGUUUGGGGUAGCGUUGAAGCGCCUAUCUUGUGCAUCCAAGGCCCUACAUGGCCUGGAGAUCAAUGGCACGGCCAAACGGCUAUAGAAUUUACUAUGAUUAGGCGACGGCUCCAGCACCCUUCCGCUGCCCAGCAGUUUCCGGAAGCAGGUCCAAUGAACGUUUCCAACACUCAGGACGACUACGCAGCACGUGGUUCCAGUGUUCCAAUAUCGUCAAUAUCGACGCCUGUCACAGACGUACCAUCAGACCCUCCACAACUCUAUGCAUUCCAUCCGUCGGCACAGCUUGACGGCCUCUCAGUACCGUCUGAUAGGCCCUCCACGAGCCCCAGAGCGCACUCUGAACGGCCGGUCACCUCGUCUCCGGGGCUCGAGUUUGUUGAUCAUCAGACAGUUCCAGCCACAUCCCCACAUCCAGCGCCGUUGGCGUUACUAUGUGAAGCCUCAUCUUUGGCCGAGAACUUUGCCGCAAUAGGAGAGCCGAUACAAGAGACCACUAAAUCAGCCGAGGUCGUGGUCCGUGGAUCGCCUGCAAAUCUUACUGUCAACGCCGCACGCAGCCGUUCUUCCAGUGUAAGCUCUGGUAUGAGUUACGAUGAAGCAAGAGACCUCUCCGGUACGCCGUAGCUGAGUGCUGUGCUCGGAAGCUCGCUGAAUCCCCAGCUUGUGCAGGGUCAUCAUAUGGAACCACCUUGACUUCUGUUCUCAGCUGGAAACCUGACUAUCUCAGUCCGUCACUAUCGGAUACCCGGUUUAGGACGAGCAAUGUACGAGAGGAUCCCGAGGAAGGAGACGCUGU